AAGUGCUGAAAAUGUUUAGUGUGAAAGAUUUAAGCCCACUACAAGUAUAAGAAACUGAGACAUUUUGUAGCCUGGUAAAUAGAAAAUCGUAUAACAAAGAUAAAAGAAGCUGUACAGUUGUUUAAAUUGAUAAUUUCGUUUUAAAGCUGGCUGUUGUUUUACGAUGAAUGGCAUUGAUGAUUUCAGAUUGAAAUGUAUUAUUGAUCUUGAAAAUUAUUUUUUAAACUGAAGUUUACAUGCUUCAUUGUAUGUACAUACUAUGGUAAUAUAUUUCGUUAAAAUUCUCACAUUAUUGCUGAUUCAAACUAAAAAAGUCGGUAUUUUAAUCAUGCCAUUAAUCUGAAACACAGUCAGAUAUAUAUUUUGAUUCUAUGAUUUAAGAUAAUUUUCAUGUGUACUCUUUACACAUUACAAACUGAAUAAUUUCUAUUCUGAUUAAAAGAUCUUGAAACAGACGUUUACUGAUAUUACAGGGCAGGGAUUGGGGAUAGGAAAUUCCGAUUAGCACUCAACAAUUUGUCUAAAUUCCCCAAUGUUACAUUCUAAUUCGCUUACAAUAAGUGAACUAACCUGCUAAGAUAAUCGAUAUUUAAUAAAUAUAAUGCCUGGCGUUUAGAAACGCUCUCAUAGUUUAAUAUAUACUUAUUGCUUAAUGUAUACAUGGUUUAAUGUGUAAAUUAGUUCUAGAAGUAAAUCCUAUUAUUUCAUGAUGCACUAGAUUUCCUCACAAAAUGGUCCAUACAAUAUUGUUAAAGAUAAACGAGUUUGUCUGGUAGUUUUAUUUGUUGCUGUAGUUACCGUUUGGAAGGAUUGUGUAAUGAAAAGGGGUAAAAGUGGGUAGUGAUUAUACUAUAAACUGCUUGAGAUAUCAUUGUUAUAAUACAAAAUUGUAAUUCUCGCGUUUUUCUCGUUUUAUCUCUGAAUUUACAUACUGUCCUAUAUAUUGUUAUAUGACAUCUGAUCGUGCUUCUCAAUUUCUACAUUUGAUUCAUUGUUGUUACAUUUUACUAAUCAUUAUAUUUACCAAAAAUCUAACAGUUUCACCUCUUGCUAGGUUCUGAUCAUGAGUGAAGAGUGGGGAAACGAGCCAGAAGGUGCAGCAAGCGAAACUUGGGGUGAUGUCCCCCUUGAUGGAGCUCCUGAUUGGGGUGACAACGUUGCCGACGAGGCUGAAGCCGAGAUCGCUGACAUCUUCGUGUUCGGAAAAUGGAACCCAGCUGAUGUCCAGAUCAAGGAUAUCUCCCUGACUGACUACGUGGGAAUCAAGGACAAGUACGCCGUGUACCUGCCCCACACUGCUGGACGUUACGCCAAGAAGAGGUUCAGGAAAGCACAGUGCCCUAUUGUUGAGAGAAUCAUCUGCUCCAUGAUGAUGCACGGUAGGAACAACGGUAAGAAACUUCUGUCCAUGAGGAUCCUAAAACACGCCUUCGAGAUCAUCAACCUGAUGACCAACGAGAACCCCCUCCAGAUCCUAGUCGAUGCUAUCAUCAACUCCGGACCCAGAGAAGACUCUACCAGAAUCGGAAGAGCCGGUACAGUCAGACGACAGGCUGUUGAUGUGUCCCCAAUGAGGCGAGUUAACCAAGCCAUCUGGCUUUUGUGUACUGGUGCCAGAGAGGCCGCCUUCAGAAACGUUAAGACCAUUGCCGAAUGUCUGGCUGAUGAGCUUGUUAAUGCCGCUAAGGGAUCAUCGAACUCAUAUGCUAUUAAGAAGAAGGACGAAUUAGAAAGAGUUGCCAAAUCUAACCGUUAAAUAAUUUAAGUUAUUUUUUAUUUAUCAGAA